GCCCCAUUUGAAGCUGAACCGAAACCCCGAGAGCGACUUUGCUUGACUUGGCAUUCAUGUCGAAUACUGGAAGGUAUGAGGAAACUGCUAUUAUUGCUGUUGUGAUCAGCGCAAGCUGCCUUAUUUAAGAAGUGAUCAGAAGAAUGGCAAUGAGUAAACUCAUAUACAAACAUACAAGAUGGUUUCAGCUCUCUCCUCUUCUCCUUCUUUUCCCCAUUCAUGGAGAUACGAUGUCUUUGUGAGCUUUAGAGGUGAGGAUACACGCUACAAUUUUGUAGACCAUUUGUUCAGUGCUGUGCAUCACAAGGGAAUCAACACCUUCAUAGACAGCAAUGACAUAAAAAGAGGACAAGAAUUAUCUUCAACACUUGUUGCAGCAAUUGAAGAGUCAAGGAUUUGUAUCAUUUUAUUCUCUGAAAAUUAUGCAUCCUCAAAAUGGUGCUUGGAUGAACUCGUCAAGAUUCUUGAAUGUAAACAUUCAAAGCAACAGACGGUUUGGCCUAUUUUUUACAAGGUGGAUCCCUCCGAUGUUCGAAACCAGAGAGGUGCUUAUGGUCAGGCACUCGCUUAUCAUGAAUACCGAUUUCAUGAUAACAUGCCAAAAGUGUUAUGUUGGAGGGCAGCUCUUACAGAAGCAGCAAACUUGGCUGGGUGGUCAUUCUUGGACGGGUAUGAGUCUAAAUUUAUUCAUGAUAUUGUUGGAGAGAUUUCAGCGCAAGUACUUAACUGCACAUAUCUCAUUGUGGCUGACUACCCAGUUGGCAUGGAAUCUCGGGUGUUACAUGUGAAUAUGCUUUUAGAUGUUGAAGAAAAGGAUGUUCGCAUGGUAGGAAUAUGGGGAAUUGGUGGAAUAGGUAAGACAACAGUUGCUAAAGCUGUUUGUAAUUCCAUUGUAGGUGGGUUUGAAGGUAGCUGUUUCUUGGAAAAUGUUAGGGAAAACUCAAUGCGAGAUGGAGGCCUAGUGGAACUACAAAACACUCUACUUUUUGAUAUUCUAGGGGAGAAGAGAUUGAAGGUGAACAAUGCUGAUAAAGGAAUCAAUGUGAUAAAGAAAAUGUUGAGCCAUAAAAGAGUUCUCUUAGUUCUUGAUGAUGUGAAUCAUUUGGACCAGUUAAAGAAAUUAGCUGGAGGGGUAGAUUGGUUUGGUAUAGGCAGUAGAAUUGUCAUCACAACAAGAGAUAAACACUUGUUAACUGCUCAUCAAAUUAAUCUGAUAUACAAGGUCAAGGAAUUGAAUUAUAAUCAAGCUACCGUUCUCUUCAGUUGGAAUGCAUUUGCAAGAAAGAGACAUCAGGUUGAUAAACUGAUAGUCGAAACUGCACUACAAUAUGCUCAAGGCCUUCCAUUAGCUCUUAUACAUCUAGGUUCCCGUCUAUGUGGUAGAAGCACAGAUGAAUGUAAAGCUGCAUUAGAUUGUUAUGCAAGAGUUCCAAACCAAGAGAUUCAAGAAAUUCUCAAGAUAAGUUAUAAUGCAUUGGAAGAUCCUGUGAAGGAAGUUUUCCUUGACAUUGCUUGUUUCUUUAAAGGUAAAAAGCGGAACUAUGUGGUAGAAACAUUAGAAAGUUGUGAACUCAAUCCUAAGUAUUGUAUUGAAGUACUCGUCGAUAAUGCCAUCAUAAGUAUUGAACGAGACAAUAUUUGGAUGCAUGACUUGAUAGAAGAAAUGGGUAGAGAAAUAGUUCGCCAAGAGUCGCCAACUGAGCCUGGAAGACGUAGCAGACUGUGGUUUCAUGAAGAUGUUUACCAUGUUCUAACUGAAAAUACGGGAACAGACAAUAUCAAAGGCAUUGUGGUAAAUUUGCCCAAAUCAGAUGUGAUAUGUUUGAAUGCUGAAAGCCUCUCAAAGAUGAAAAAUCUUAGAUUAUUUAUAACCUGCAAUUCACACUUUUCUGGAGAUGUGGAAUAUCUGCCUAAUGAGUUGAGGAUCCUUGAUUGGCCUGAAUGUCCAUUACAGUCUUUUCCAUCCAAUUUUAAUCCAAGAAAACUUGUUAAACUCAAUAUGCCUUGCAGCCAUAUGACACGACUGGGGGAGGGAUUCAAGAAUUUGCAAAAUGUGAAAUCUAUAAAUUUUUGUAGCUGCAAAUUCCUAAAAAGCAUCCCUGACUUCUCCGGAAUCCCAAACUUAGUGUACUUGAAUCUAAAUUACUGUGAAAGUUUAGUUGAGGUUUGGAUUCCUCAAAAGGCUUGUUCACUUAAGUGCUGAGAAAUGCUCUAGCCUUGAGAUGUUUCCACCAAGACUCAGCUUGAGAUCUCUGGAAACUUUUCUACUCGGAGGUUGUAGCAAGCUUAAGAGUUUUCCAGAAAUCGUGGGGACAAUGAAAUCCUUAAAAUGUAUCACACUACCUGGCACUGCCAUUAGAGAAUUACCGUCGUCAAUUGGAUAUCUCAGUGGACUUCAGGAGUUAAAUCUAAAUGAGUGUGUGGACCUUAUGAAUCUGCCAUGCAGCAUUUAUGAAUUGCAACACCUACAAUAUCUCUUCCUUGAUUCCUGCCCAAGACUUGUUGCAUUUCCGCAUUUGGAAAACUCUGAAGUUUCAGGUAGUUCAGAAUUACUUCCUUUGGUGCUUCCCAAGCUCUUGCGAUUUAAUAUGGGAGGAUGCAAUUUAUCCAAAAGUAAUUUCCUGGCAACUCUGGAUUGUGUGUCCACAUUACAAGAACUUGAUCUAUCCGGAAGCAAUUUUGUCAGUCUUCCUAUAUGCAUUAGCAAAUUUGUCAAUUUGUUGGACCUUAACUUGUGUUGUUGCAAGAGGCUUCAGAAAAUUCCACAACUUCCACCAAAGGUAUGUUGGGUAGAUGUGGGCGAUUGCAAAUCAUUGGAAACGUUUCCAAAAUUGUCAAACAUAUUGGAAAGUCGUGAGUUACAAGGUAUUGAGUGGAUGGACUUGUUCAAUUGUCAUAGAUUAUGUGAUAAUCUGCAUUAUGAAGUGGCACAGAUGGAUAAUAUUUUUCAGAACCAGGUCUCUUCUAAAUUUGGCAUUAUACUGCCAGGUAGUGAAGUUCCAAAAUGGUUCAGCUGUCGCAAAGAUCCAAAUCUUAUAUAUGAAUUGCUUGUUGGCUACUCUCUAGGCUGGAGAUCAGUAUGUGAACUUUCCAUUGGAAUCCCUCCAAAAUUGAAACAGAAGAACAUAGGUUUGGCACUCUGUGUCGUUUUUGAAUGUACAGAAAGUAAUUCUGCUGAUUGUUGUUUUCGAGCUCAAGUGUUAAUCAAUGAAGGAUACAGCUGUCGUCAUGACUUCCAUUUCUAUUCAAGGCAGACAGAGUCAUCUCAUGUGUGGCUCAAGUAUAUUCCAUUAGAAAUGAGGCCAAUGAUGAAUGGACUGAGUUGGUUGCUCCCUGAUAUGUGUAAAGUUGAAUUUUACUGCAGCGGCAACUCCGGCCUUGUAUCCUUUAUAAGUUGUGGGGCCCACCUAAUAUGCCAACAGGUUGAUGAUGUUAUGUCUGUUGAUGGCACUUAUGCACAAGAGCAGUGGCUAUCCUCCACUUUGGAACCAAUGAUUGGUCGAAGGCGCAAGCACCCAUCCGCUUCAGACAAUGGUUAAGAUGUUGCAACAUAUUUCUUGCUGCCUAUGCAAGGGUUCCUAAAAUAUGCUUGGAGGAAACCUUCUGCACCAAGUGGCUGAAAGAACUGAAGAAAGGAAUAUCAGUUCCUUGAGAGUCCCAACAUUUAUUCUCAACUUGAGACUAGAUGGUAGGAUUCUUAUGGAUACUAGUUUUCCUUCAGUUUGUGAGGAGCAGCUAGAGGCCUGGAGCCAGUCUUUUUAAAACUAAACAUGGUAGAAUAUUUUGAGCUUGCCAAUAAAAUUUGGGUGCAGCAAGGAAAUAUGCUAUUUUUUGGCUCCAGUUAAUUGUAUUUCUUUAUUUAUCCCAAUUCCCUUAAUUAUUAUUUGGUUCUUUUUUGUAGCCCUGGGUAAAACGGCUUUGUGCGAGCCCUGCAGUGUUCAAUGGGUUCUGGUGCCCCAGAUUGGAUGGUCUGAAUCUUCAUUCCUUCUUUUUUCAUUGCUGAGAGGGACAUGACUCUAGAGUCGUAGACAAAGAGAUGGAACUAUACAAGGCCAUGAAGAAACAUAAGAUCAAUUGGAAGCCUUGAUUAGCCCCAGAGUACUGUUUGUAGGUGAUUGGUUUUAAGUAUUCUGUUUUUUAUUUUUUUUUAUUUUACAAGAUUGGUUUUUACAAACGUUCUAGUCUCAGUAGGGCGGUAGGGUACUAAUCUUACCAUAUGAAUUAUUUUUCAUUUUAAAUGACUAUAUGCGGCUGUUUUAAUUUCAUAUCAGUACAGUUUUUUCUUGUUAUUAUUUGGUAAA